AUUUUGCAUAAUGUUGAAAGCUACAUCAUAUAUGUUGAUGAGGGAUAAAUUAUACAUAUAACCUAUUUCCGACCCAAAUGCUACAAUAUGACUUUAGACGACAGAUUUAAAAACCGUCGUCAAUAAUAACACUUUAGCGUCGACGUCCAGAAGAUUGUCCAACAUAUGAGAAACAGAUAUCCAUCCCAUCCUCGACGAACCGGAACCUAGAUGGGUUUUGUUUAAAACUCAAAUGCGUCAGUGACUGAGAUUUUGGAUCCUAAAAUAAAGAAAUAAAUAAAAUAAAAUAAAAUCCUUAAACCCCCCAAAUACACCCUAAAAUAUUCCAGUAUGUCGGUGCGAUUCAAUCCAAUAAUUUUUGACACCAUCAAUCGCUUCGUCUGUAUUCUUGAUGUUGCUGCCUGAAGCAGAGUUCUCCGACACCCGUAGAUAAUGGCGAUGACUUCUCUACCAGACGAGCUGUGGACGCGAAUUCUAGAAAUCGGUGUUCAAAGUCGCGGUUUUACCUACAAGGAUCUCUGUUGCCUCUCAAUCUCAUCCAGACGCCUUCGCCGAUUAUCCAACGACGACUCUCUCUGGUCCCACUUUCUCUCAUCCGAUUUUCCCCUCUAUCCAUCUGCUUCUCCAUUGGUUUCCUCCAAAUCCAUUUACAAGUUGAGAUUUGAGAAGGUGAGAGAGAAGAGAAUAGCCGCACAGCGUAGGGCUCUGCUGAGGAAAGAGAGUCAGAUUGCUGAACAUUCCAGAAAGAUCCGAGAGUUUGAGAAUCGGUUGGCUGAGGAAACCAGCAAAAUGAAAGCAACUCUUUCUGAGGUAUCGAAUUUACGAAAGGUCAGGGAAGCUUCUGUGGCUUUGAAUGUUUGGCAACCAGAGGUCGUUAGGGGAAGGCACAAAGAAUUGGUGGAGCAGAGUGUUGUGCCUGUGGAGUCUCGGGUCAAUACCUUGGAGAUGGAAUUUAAGGUUUGCAAGCAGCAGAUUUUGGUAUUGAAAAAGGCCUAUAAUGACGAGAAGCAGAGGCUUGAUACAGCGAAAGAAGAGUUGUCAUCAUUGAAGUAUCAUCCUUUACAGAAUCAGGAAUUAGUUGGUGGUGGGCUUGAUGAAUCUCAUGCUAACAUCAAAACAAAGAAGUUGAAAAGAUCAAUAUAUGUGUUAGUGUUCGAACAAUUCUUCGCCGUGGUAAUAGUACGAUGUGAAACUAAAAUGUGAGUAAAGGUAAAGGACUAAGGAAAAUUCCAGAACAAGGGGAAGAUAGAGAUAGAGAUGAGAGAUGAGAGAUGCAUGUAAAUCACAAAGGCAAAAGCAAAUGGGGGAAAAAUAAGUGCGAGAAAAUAUAAUAGGGAAGAGGAAAAGAUGCUUAGUAGCACAAAAAAACUAUGGAAGAUAAAAAAAAUUUGACAGAGGAGUCUCCCAAGUAUUUAUGGGAGGUAGGAAUCUUGGAAAGAGAGUCGCAUGGCUAAACCCUUGGAAGAGAAGUGGUGUAGAAACCCAGAGAAAGUAGCUGAAAUAUAUCUGGUGGAAGCCAGUGGGAAAAACACUGGAACAGAACAAGGUUUAAAAAAACACAGGGAAGGUAGCAGAAAAAUCAAGAGGAAACCAGUGUGAAAACCUAGGUAAAGAAAAA